AGUUGUAAGAAGUGACUAGACGUCUUUGAGUCUUUCUUUAUUUUAUUCUUUAGGGUUAUAAUAUAUGUUCUGUUAUUGGCCGAAAGGCAAUAUAUUGCUGAAACAAUUACUCCAAGAGAGGUAAGUACCCCUUUUGUUUUGUUUUUUAUUCAUACAAAGGUAUGCAAAUGUAGAUGUUUCUUAAUUAUAGUCAAAGACUUCAUUUCAAGAAGAAAAAGAACAGUCACAAUUUAAUUUUUGGAAAUGUGUGUAGACAUGUGAUUUAUAUAUAACAUCACCUCGGAUGAGUCUAUAAAAGUGAUAAUCUUGAUUAAUUUAAAUUAUUUAGAAAUAUUGUGAUAUAAAUAAAUAAAUCUUAAUUUCAUAGAAUAUAAUAGAAUGAUUUUUUAUUCAAUAUUGAUUAUUACAUAAGGUACGUUGGGGUAAUACCGGACGGAUUUUCGAAUAGUUGGAAGAGUCUGCCAAAAACUUUAAUUUCUCGACAUUCGUAUACGUCAGAUUUAUGGAACAUGGAGCAAACUGUUAAUCGUUAAACGUAGUUUAGCUCUGAGAAUCUUUUGCUUGUGUAAACUCAAUGGUUUCUGCUUUAAAGGUGUGCGAAAACUAGACAUACUUUUUUAUAUGCAUAAUGAAAAAUUGGCCAUUAAGGGGUAAGACCGGACUUAAAUUUAAAACCACUUCUACUGCUUAGAGAAAAAAGUUUAUAAAAGAGAUUUGUCCUAUCUUUAACGCUAAAAAACAUAUUUCAAUAUGAUCUAUAAAUUACUAGAAACAUAAAUGUUCCAAACGAUUUUCUCUUUUUUUGUUUCUUGCCAUCCGAUCUUAUCCCUGAUAUAAAGAAAUUGUAAUUUUAUGUUUCUCAAACUUUGUUAUGACAUAAGAUGGAAUUACUCAAUAUAAGAGAAAGAUCGGAUGCAUUUGAUUUUAUAUGGGAAAAAAAAUAACAGUAAGGACUGGCGAAAUGCCCUGGGAUAAUGCAGGAGUUAAGGAAGAUAUAAAUAGUUUAACAAAGCAGCAUUUAUUAUUAUAAAUUAUUUUUUAAAUAAUUAUUAUAAAUUACAUUUUGAUUUGUAAUAGAGGAUAGAUAUAGAUGUCUAUGGGCCGCAGCAAUCACUUAACAUCAGGUGGACUGUGUGCUCCUUUGUCACCCUUAUCCUAUAAAAAAAAUAUUAUUUUAAUGUGUACUUAAAAGUAAUAAAACCAUCGUAUUGUUUUAUUACUUUUAAAUAUACAGACUUGCUAACGAGACUGAGUCCCAUAGUCACUUGAGUAAUCAACGAAAAAAUAUACACGACCAAUGAAAGUUUAACAACCACUGCCAUAUUUGUAACAGGCAAAGAUCGGAUAAUAUUCAUCCGAUCUUCACUCACGAGGGGAAACAUCGGAUCUCGGCCUACAGAGAUCUUACCCUUGCAUGGACCAGCUUUAUUUAGCUAUAACUUCAUAAAAAUUAGUAUCCACACAAAAUAAUAACAAAAGAAGCCAUAUUCUCGCUAAAAAUCGUAAAUAAAAGUUAUAGGGAAAGAUCGGAUGGACAAAAAUAAUACAAAAAUUACAUUGUUUUAUAAAAUGCCACGCAGCACAGGUCCCACUUGCCGGAGUGACUGGCGCGAACUGAGGGUCGGGGCAGGAUGAAAUGGCGUCGUGUAGCAUAUUGUUAGCUUUUCAAAAUAUAGCAUAAUUCGCCGGGAAUUUGAAUCCUACGGUCUUGCCCCAUCACCGAUCUUACCCCAACGUACCUUAAUACUUAUUGAAAGUCAUUUUUUAUCUACAUUUUUUGUUUUAGAUACCUGAAGGUGCUUUAAUACUCGUAUGUUUUGCUUGUUGGGUACAUACCUGGCGUACAAUACAACAACAAGGAAUCAUAGCAGCUUCUACUGUUGUUAUGAAUAUGAAUGUAUGUGUAUGGUGCCGAUGGUCUCUUGCCCAUACACACAGCCACUCCAUACAUGAAGGACCUGAACGGACCAUAAUAACAGAAAUAAUAUAUCCAAGAGAGAUUCCACCAGGAGGACUGGUUUUCUAUGCUUGUUGGGUAGCAACAUGUAAAAAUGUGGAGCAUGCUAUAAGGAUUGAGGAUAAUCGGCAAACUCCAACCCCAUCUAGCCUUCACCAAGACUAAUGUAUGCAUGGUGUAGAAUGUCUCUACACCGAAAGCUAAAACACAUUGCUCGUGGUCCUGUAAGAGAUAAACUUGCAGCAAGAAUUUACCCAAAUCAGUUACCAGAAUAUGUGCUUAUUUGUUCCAACUGUUGGACACAUGCACAGGAAAAUAUAGGAAUAGAGCAAGAAGUUGUGCAACAAAUUGAUAUGCAGCCACCAAGUGCAUCAAUAACACUUGAUGGUUUUACACACACAACGCAGACAAGUGCUCAUUGUUUUGUGCCGGCUUGUAACAAUGUAGAACGAAAUAGAGUGCCGGAAUACUUAAGAAAAAUUAUAUAUAUUUUAUUAUUAUUUUUAUAAUAUAUAAUCAAUCACACAAUAAAUGAUUUAAUUAG